CGGCGCCCAGGCCGGGCGGGGGCUCGGGGCAGGGGGCUGGCGGCCCGCGGGUGCCCUUUCCCUAGUAUGCGGUCGAGGUCGGCCGACGGCGUGAAGCGACAUCCCCUGCACCCGCGAACGGAGAAGGUGGCGGCGGCACCUGCCGGCCGAGCAAUGCCGAGUGAGUAUAACUGCGUGAAACUGAGAAGUGAUUGCUCAAGACCUUCCCUGCAAUGGUACACCCGAGCUCAGAAUAAGAUGAGAAGACCCAACUUGUUCAAAAACAUUCUCAAAUGUAUAUUGCUUGUGUUUGGAUUGUGGAUCCUUUAUAUCCUCAAGUUAAAUUAUACUACUGAAGAAUGUGACAUGAAAAAAAUGCAUUAUGUGGAUCCCGACCGUGUAAAGAGAGCUCAGCGAUAUGCACAGCAAAUCUUGCAAAAGCAAUGUCGCCCCAAGUUUGCGAAGACAUCCAUGGCGCAGUUGUUUGAGCGCAGGUACAGCACGGACUUGCUGCCCUUUGUGAAGCAGACCACCACAAUGAAUGGAGCCGAGUACAAGUACGACCCUCCUUUUGGAUUUCGAAAGUUCUCCAGUGAAGUCCAGACCCUCUUAGAACUUUUGCCUGAGCACGACUUUCCUGAACACCUGAGAGCCAAGAAAUGUAGGCGUUGUGUGGUUAUCGGAAGCGGUGGAAUACUUAACGGACUAGAACUGGGCCAUGCCUUGAACCAGUUUGAUGUUGUGAUAAGGUUAAACAGUGCACCUGUUCAGGGAUACUCAGAGCAUGUUGGAAAUAAAACUACCAUAAGGAUGACUUACCCUGAGGGUGCGCCCCUGUCUGACCUUGAGUAUUAUUCCAAUGAUUUGUUUGUUGCUGUUUUAUUUAAGAGUGUUGACUUCAUCUGGCUUCAAGCAAUGAUAAAGAAUGAAACCCUGCCAUUUUGGGUGCGACUGUUCUUUUGGAAGCAAGUGGCAGAAAAAAUCCCACUACAUCCAAAACAUUUCAGGAUUUUGAAUCCAGUUAUUAUCAAAGAGACUGCCUUUGACAUCCUUCAGUACUCAGAGCCACGGUCAAGGUUCUGGGGCCGAGAUAAGAACGUCCCCACGAUUGGCAUCAUUGCUGUCGUCCUGGCCACACAUCUGUGCGAUGAGGUCAGUGUGGCGGGGUUUGGGUAUGACCUCAGUCAUCCCAAGACACCUCUGCACUACUUUGACAACCAGUGCAUGGCUGCCAUGAACUUCCAGACCAUGCACAACGUGACGACGGAGACCGGGUUCCUCCUCAGACUUGUCAAGGAGGGCGUGCUGAAGGACCUCAGUGGCGGCAUCCACUGUGAAUUUUGAACACAGACAACCUCACAGGAAAUGCAACUCUGCCUCCCAGGGCUGUGUCUAACAACCUUCUCCAUGCAUUUCGUCCUGCAGAUACUUGGAAGUGCAGCUGGUGUUUCUAUUAAUUUUUGUUUUUUAAGUUUACCUCCCCUCACUUUUGUUUCGUUUUUUUUUUUUUUUCUGUUUAUUUGAGGUCAGUGUUUGUUUUUGCGCAACAUUUUGUAAGUUAAUUUUGAGAACUGAAUUGCUUUGGAAAGACUUUUUAAAGAGAAUUUUAUGUAAUGAUGUUUUAUUGUAUUUUAAGAAACUAAUUUGUGAAAACUCUGUCCAUGUACUGCACAUAGAAUGCCAGGUAAUGGAGUGGAAAGAGGAGAGGUUGCUCCUGUGGCAAUAGCCCAGAAUGCUCACUUCUGUUUCCUGUUGCCCUGUCUGAGGGGACAGUUGUCGGAGGUACUUCUAGGAUAACGUGGUCAGUAGCUAGACCACUGGUACUGGUUCUGUAAGGCUGCCGUGAGGCCUGGGCCAGGUGGAGAUGUUGCCAGCCCUCUUUGUUGGUCUGGCUCCUGCCAGAAGUCUUGCAGGAAGGAGCCAGGGCAGCUGUCCUGGGAGUCCCUGGUGGGGAGGGACACAGAAGACAUUCUCUGUGUCUCUGGAUGCUGUGAAGCUGCCCCAGGCUGCAGAAGCCACCGUCGGCUCAGCAGUUAUGACAACUCUUGACUCGAGUUUUUUACUGCCCUUCCAGAGCACUUAUGUGUUUAACCUGAGGUAGCCCCCUGUCUCUCUGAGUGAGGUGGCUUAUAAAACUUAGGGUAAAGCCUCUGCUCUUCAGAGUCACGGGGGAAUAAACCUUUUCCAAGAAUAAUCAUAUUUUUGAAAC